AUUUCUCUCUUCCUAUUUCAGAAGGACUCUCACAGGCUGCCUCAGUCUGUGAAGCGGAGGUUUCCCCGGGAUCCUGUGCAUCCCCAUCCCAUACCUCCACGCGCACACACAGAACCCCGCGCUCACACCGACUCACCCGCGCGCACGCCGGCGCUCGCCUGUCCACCUCCCUCCCGGGGGAGCCGGCGCGCCUCGCCUCCCGCGCCCCACACACUCCGGCCCGCAGAGCUCGCCGCGCCCCGGGAUUCUGCGGCUCCGAACUCCCGCUCGCAGCUCCGAAUCGCACCCUUUGCACCCCUCACAUUUAUUUAUUUAUUUUUUUUUUAAAAGAAAACAUUUCUUUGCUUUCUCCUGGGUCUCGUUUUCCUUGCACCCCUUUCGAUCGGAGAGGCUAGCGGAGCCCAGGCGGCCGCUUUCCCCAAGCACCUCUGGUUGGCUUUUGCCAUCCUCCAUCUGGCUCAUAAAAGUUUGCUGAGCGCAGUCCGGAGAGCUGCGCUGCUCGUCCCCUCGGCUGGCGGAAGGGGGGCGACGCCGGGCAGUGGCUGGAGGCGCGCUCGUUGGCUCUGGCGGGCUUUCGGCUUUGGGGGACGACUAGGUGAAGAGCGCACGGGCCCUGGGGUUUUGAACCGAGCUGGAUUUGCAAUUGCACCAUGCCUUCUUGGAUCGGGGCUGUGAUCCUUCCCCUCUCGGGGCUGCUGUGGUGUCUGCCGGCCGGCGCGGAUGUGAAGGCUCGGAGCUGCGGCGAGGUCCGCCAGGCGUACGGUGCCAAGGGAUUCAGCCUGGUGGACAUCCCCUACCAGGAGAUCGCAGGGGAACACUUGCGGAUCUGUCCUCAGGAAUAUACAUGCUGCACGACGGAAAUGGAAGACAAGUUAAGCCAACAAAGCAAGCUCGAGUUUGAAAACCUCGUGGAAGAGACAAGCCACUUUGUCCGCACAACAUUUGUGUCAAGGCACAAGAAAUUUGACGAAUUUUUCCGAGAGCUGCUGGAGAAUGCAGAGAAAUCCCUGAAUGACAUGUUUGUCCGGACUUAUGGAAUGCUGUACAUGCAGAAUUCCGAAGUGUUCCAAGACCUGUUCACGGAACUGAAGAGAUACUACACUGGGGGCAACGUGAACCUGGAGGAGAUGCUCAAUGAUUUCUGGGCCCGGCUCUUGGAACGGAUGUUCCAGCUGAUAAACCCUCAAUACCACUUCAACGAGGACUAUCUGGAAUGCGUGAGCAAGUACACAGACCAGCUGAAACCAUUUGGGGAUGUGCCCCGGAAACUGAAGAUCCAGGUCACCCGCGCUUUCAUUGCUGCCCGCACCUUCGUCCAGGGUCUGACAGUGGGGAGAGAAGUUGCAAACCGAGUUUCCAAGGUCAGCCCCACUCCCGGGUGCAUCCGUGCCCUGAUGAAGAUGCUCUACUGUCCGUACUGCCGAGGCCUGCCCGCCGUGAGACCCUGCAACAACUACUGCCUCAACGUCAUGAAGGGCUGCCUGGCCAACCAGGCCGACCUGGACACGGAGUGGAACCUGUUCAUAGAUGCAAUGCUCUUGGUGGCAGAGAGACUAGAAGGGCCAUUCAACAUUGAGUCGGUCAUGGACCCUAUAGAUGUCAAGAUUUCUGAAGCCAUCAUGAACAUGCAAGAAAACAGCAUGCAAGUGUCUGCAAAGGUCUUCCAAGGAUGUGGCCAGCCCAAACCGGCUCCUGCUCUUAGAUCAGCCCGCUCCGUGCCUGAAAAUUUUAACACGCGUUUCAGGCCCUAUAAUCCCGAGGAGAGACCCACGACUGCUGCAGGCACCAGCCUGGAUAGACUGGUCACAGACAUAAAAGAGAAAUUGAAGCUGUCUAAAAAGGUCUGGUCGGCAUUACCCUACACCAUCUGCAAAGAUGAGCGCGUGACAGCAGGCACUUCCAACGAGGAGGAGUGCUGGAACGGGCACAGCAAAGCCAGAUACUUGCCUGAGAUUAUGAAUGAUGGACUGACCAACCAGAUCAACAAUCCCGAGGUGGAUGUGGACAUCACACGGCCUGACACAUUCAUCAGACAGCAGAUCAUGGCUCUCCGAGUGAUGACCAACAAAUUGAAGAAUGCCUACAAUGGCAAUGACGUCAACUUCCAGGACACAAGUGACGAAUCCAGUGGCUCCGGCAGUGGCAGUGGAUGUAUGGAUGACGUGUGUCCCACCGAAUUUGAAUUUGUCACCACAGAGGCCCCUGCUGUUGACCCCGACAGGAGGGAAGAAGAUUCUUCAGCAGCUCGGCUUAGCCACUCCCUUCUCUCCUUGUCUCUGGCCUGCCUGGUCCUGGCUCUGCAGAGACUGUGCAGAUAAUCCUGGGUUUUGGUCCGAUGAAACUGCAUUUUAGCUGUUGGAGUGGCCAAUUCCCUUCUUUUCUUAUACUCUUGGGCAAUGGACCAUGCCACAGAAACUUACCCUUUUUUAUGAGAAGAGAGCAGCAUUGUAAUCUGCCUCCUUUUUUUGUUUUCCCAAAGAGUACCGGGUGCCAGAUAAACUGCCUCCUCUUUCCUUCAGUUAUCUGUGGGGACCUUGUUUAUUUGCAGAGAGAAUUCUUACUCCAAUCUUUCAUACCAGGAGAUUUUUCUUACCUUCAUUUGCUUUUAUGCUGCAGAAGUAAAAGAAUCUCACGUUGUGAGUUUUUCUCCCAUUAAAAAAAAUUAAAAGGUAGGAAGAACAAAGAAUUUUCCUUUUAAAAUCAGGCCAAACCCCAAGACAACUGCAUUUUCAACAAAGACGCAACGAGAGGAAAAUAAAGGAACUUUGAUGCUAUAGGUUCAGCAUUGACGCCCAGCUCCCAGGGUAAGCUUUUCUGUGACAAACCAGGAUGACACAAUAUUUAUGGGAAAAAAGCUUGGAUUUUAAGUUGUAGCGAAAAUACAGUGCUGUCUUGGAGGCAUCGUCUUGCACUCUAACCUACACAAUACCAAAUUGAUUUGGAGGUACUGAUAUUAAAUUUAGAAUUCUGUCUUUAAUGCAAGAGUAAACCUUACUACAACUCAGCACCUCUCACCUGCCCAAUUUCAAGUUCAUGAAUGGCACCAUUUUUUUUUUAAUUUCCUUCAUGUCUUUCCACUGUAUCCAAUUGGCACAGAUUCUUCUUCAGUUACUCAUGGACACCCCUACUGAGUCAAGCUUCUCCCAAGUGUAUUGAAAAUUGUCUUUAAUGAUACGAUCAUUGCUUUUGCUAUAUGUUUAUCAUGAAUGAUGACUCUCACUCACCAUAUAAGGUUAUUUUCCUGAAAUGACAAGUAGGUCUAUAUAUAACCUUUCAUUUUUUAAUUACUUGUUUUGUGUCAAUUGGUUUCUACAUCACAAGGGCAUUCUCUGACAAAAUAACUCACAACAGACAAAAAAAAGUUAAAGAAAAAACCCUAUAUAUAUAUAGUAUUGACAUGGAGAUUUCUUUCACUUUUUUAGUCUUAGUAUGAUCAUCUAUUUUUAUAUCUAUAAAUAUAUAUAUAAAUCACAGAUUUUAACUUCUUAAUUCUAAGCUCAGGGUUGACACACCUUUGUAACAAAAAUGUUUUGUCAACCAGCUCUUCUUGUUUUGUGCUGCUCAGUGAAGGAAUUCCUCAAUGACCUAUGAGCACCAAGACUCAUAAAAGAGAACUUUUUAUGUAUCUAACUGUCCAUCUACUAAAAGUUUGCCAGGGCACACCUUUUUCUCAAGAGCAUGCUUUGUUCCUGGUGCUCCUGCCUGUACUGAGCUCAUGGGGCAAGCCCCAGGUGUUCAGGCCUAGCGAUGAGAAUUAUAUGUGUAAAGAAUGUUAUUCACAUACACAUAUACAUACACACAAAGGAAACAUUGCUUUCGUGUACACCUUCAGUCUAGGAUUCCUGCUUGGCACUUAGAUAAACAGCCUCAACUCGAGUCCAAUCAAGAACCACAGAUUAAGCUAUCUGCCAAGCCAGACCCAACUCUUCCUCCUGGCAGAAGGAAACAAAAUAUACUAUAUGGGGCUUUAUGAAUACAGUUAGUUGGCUGUUCAGGUGUUUCUUGGUUUUACUGAUACAUUUGGACUAGAGAAAGGGAGUGUGUGAGAACACCAUAGUAUGCCAAUCACAUUUUAACUAACUUGUCCACAGUAUUGACACAUACAUGAUACCUUAUGAUCUCUGUUCUCAUCAAAAAUAAAAUUAGUUAUGGAUUUGUCAUUCCAUUUUAGUAGCGCGCACACAAUAGUAUUAAGUAUAUCUGAGCACUUUUACAGAACAACAAGUAUUUACAUGCAUCUAUUGCCACGUUAUGCCUAAUGCAAUAUGAAAUGUAGGAUUCUGCCAGACUUUGUGGCAUCUUUCAUUUAAGUUGUCAUGAAGUGAACUACCUAGUUCAGCAUUCCACAUAGCUAGAAAACCAUCCAGCAAUUCACCACCAACCUUUGACUUCCUAUUGUCCAUAGCACAGACCAUCUCUCUCUGAAGAAUCAUUUGUGUUGCUCAUUUCAUCGUAUGUUUAAAAAUCAGUAUUGAUUUCCUUCAGUAAUUAAGGUGCAAUACAAACUAAAUCCACUGGGGUUUGUUUCCAGAACAUUUGAGUAAUAACUUGUUUUAUGGCUUUAAACUACAAGUCUUUCUUUAAAAUAUAUAUAUAUUUCUGCAUUGUCUUCAAUGAAAUUGAUCAGGGUGUCUUGUUUUAUCUUGUGCUUUGCACCCCCUAAAUGGUUUUGUGCAUGUGUAUGAAAACACAUUAUCUUAAUGAAUGUGAACCAUGUUCUGUACUCACUAAUCGCACAGAUAAUAUAUAAACGCCUGCUUCACCUGUCUCAACACCAUCAUUAUAAAUACUACUCCUGUUGAAGAGACAUAUGAGCUGGGCAGAGAGCUGAAAUGAUUAUCCCUUAAUGAUGCCACAAUAUUAGUCACCCUGCAUGGUUAUGGUCCAAAUAAUACUCAAUUGCUAUUCCUGGUCUUUAUCAUCAUCCUAUUAUACUAUAUGAUUUUCAGACUAAUUUAACAUGAGAGCUUAUUUUUUUCCUAUCACUGAGAUUUCAUUGACUCUGCUCACCCCUUUUUCACUGUGUAUUUUGGGAUCCUCCCCCAAAAUUAAUUCUUCUUAUUUUUGGCAUAGUGACAGGGGACACAGUGAUGCUCCAUUGAUGUCAUGGCCUCCCCACAUUUAUUGUGAUGUCCCCUAAAUUCUGUAAUCACAUCUUGACUUACAAGUAGAGAGGAAUGGGCUCACUGAAUUCAGAUGCUAGAAAUUGGUGGGUGAGACUCACAACUGCAAACACUUAGCUUAUUGAAGUGCCUCUAUUUACAUGUUCUUUAGUUAUAAUAUGUAUUUUUCUAACAGAAAUACACGUCUGUAAUUGAUGUAUAUUAUACUUUGUAUAUGUUACAACAAAUGCUAAUCUGAGGCUAAGGUCUUUAGCAGAGAAGAAGGAAUCAAAAAGUUGUGAAUAAGAGCUCUGUUUGUGGUUCUGCUCUGCUGGAGAGCCAUGAGACAGACAUCUGUCAUUAAAGGAAAGCCAAGUUGGCUCUUUGACUAGAGCCACCUAAGAACAUUAGCUCUGGAAACCCGACUCCCUUACAGAAACUUACCAGGUAGAAGAAAUAACACGUAUCACCUACUUCAAAUGUAAGGGCAAGAAAAAUACAAUUUUGCUAGACUGAAAAACACUAUUAUUCAUUGACAAGCAGUAACAAUUUAAAAAGCAACAUUCUGGAAAAUCAAACACAUUGAAAAUAUUAUUGGAUGCAGAACCCUGAGAUUUAAUUUAUAUCCCCUGCUACAGACAUUAGCCUACUUUAAUUCUUUUGCCAUUACACACAUGCUUUGGCUACAGACUGAACACCAACUAAAGUCACCAAGGAGGAAUAAAACAGCAAAUUCCUGAGUUGUGAUUCUUUUAUUACAUCUCUUUGCAAGGCUAAUUAUUAGGUGGCUUCAUUCAAGGUAAAAACGUUAGCAAAUGCAGUUUCUACCUUAUCCAAAAUUGUUAGAAAUUAAGAUUCAUUUUCACUGAUGCACAGUCACUAACAUCUCACUUUUUUUUGGUGUGUGUAUGUCCCAGUGCUGGGGCUUGAACUCAGAACCUCAGGCUCUCGCUUAGCUCUUUCCCUCAAGACUGAAACUCUACCAUGUGACCACACCUCCACUUCUGGCUUUUUGCUGGUUAGUUGGAGAUAAGGAUGUCUCAUAUUUGACUGCUCAGUCUGGCUUCAAACCAAGAUCCUCAGAUAUCAGCCACCUAAAUGAACUAGGAUUACAGGCAUGUGCUAUCAGUGCCCAACUUAACAUCUUUUAAUUUUAAAGAACUUUAGCUUUGCUAACAAAAAGAGAGUGAAGGAAAUUAUGACAUGCAUUUGCAUUAUGUUCCUCCUUGGUGCAGAUAUUAGCCAGUGUUGAGUUUUAGGCCAACGAUGACAACUCGAGCAGUGAUUUGUACGCAUUCUGGAGACUUGCUAUAUCAUGGUUUGCAGCACAGACUCAGCUUAGCAUGGGAACAUUUGUAAUUUUCUUCAAGGUUGAGAAGAUACUAGAUUCUAACACUGCCUUGUAAUGAAGUACUUCCAUGAGAAACACCUACGGAUGGCAUCAUAGUGAGGUCUCUAUGUGCAUAUAUGUAAUCUAUAUGCAGGAUAAAUGUGUGCACCAAUCAAACUGAAAACUUUAUGUGACUGUCAAACAACUAUUAUUUGGGUUAAGAUUUUUCAUUUCUGAUUUGGAUAGAAAAAUUGCUAUUAAUCUUGUAUUAAAAUAGUUUUAAAAAAUCAA